AUGGACGAGGACUCUCACUGCUCUGUGUCGUCUGUGUGCGGUGCGAUGGAUGUUCAUGGGGCCUCCCUCCCCUCCAAUGCCGUAGGUCUGACAUCCCCACCUUAUACGGCCACUCCGGUCGACCACGAUUACACCAAACGUAAAACCCUCCGGCGGCAGCAGCAGACGUGGCAGCAGCAGUAUGAGGGGGAGCAGCAGGCUGAUGGUACAGUCCCAGUCCUAGACUCUGGGCCUAUGGGGUUGGGCCCUUCCUUCACUGGGCUGGGUAGUAGUGGUGGUGAGAAGGAUAAUCACUAUGAUGAUAAUUGCUCUGGUUCCAGUAAUGACCCCAUUAGCACUGGGGGAUUGGGUUAUCAUGGUGAAAUGGGCAAUAUGGCAUCUCAGGUUAUUUGGAAAUUGUUUUACUGCACUAUAAAAGCAACAGCAUUUAGUUUAGGCAAACAGAGGUGUGAUGGUAGAGUUUGGCAGAGGGCGAAAUUGUGAAAAUUAUGAUAAUGCCCUUUUAAUGUAAGAGCUGUUUAAAAAGAGCCUGACAUUUCAGCCUGUUUCGGUGGCAUGGAGUUUUGGCCUGCCAAUAAGAAAGAGUUCCAAAUCUUUGCCAAUAACAGCUAAUUUUCAGUUUUCCCCUCCCUAUUCAGACCACUCCCAGACAGUCCUAGCAACAUUCUUGCUUGAGAAAUUGCUCUUUGCUACGAAGCUAUUUUUGUUUCUUUUUGACAAUUUUAAUUGAAAACAAUCACAGUAAGAUACUUAAUUGUUACCCAGAAAUGAUUUGAUAUUGAGAUAAAAACAGCUGCACUGGACCUUUUUAUCUUAUGAUUUCAUCAGGUUUUUCUGAAUUUCUUACUAAUCUGUCACGCCCUGACUUAUGGGACUCUUGUAUGCUGAGUCAGGGUGUGGAGAUCUAUGUUAUUAUUUCUAUGUUCUCAUUCUAUGUUUGGCCGGGUGUGGUUCCCAAUCAGAGGCAGCUGUCGCUCGUUGUCUCUGAUUGGGGAUCAUACUUUAGUAGCCUGUUUGUUAUCAUUAGUUGUGGGAUCUUGUUCCGGGUAUAGGCUUGUAUUGUGUUUAGCCUGAGGACUUCACUUCACGUUACGUUGUUUUGUUCGUGUGUUUAGUUUAUAUAAUAAACAUGUAUGAAUUUCACGCUGCGCCUUGGUCUGACCCAUCCUUCAACGAGCGUGACAUAAUCAAAUAAUCAUAGCAGGGCAAUUAUUUCUGAAAAUAAUGCACGAAAGCUUGCUGGCUAUCACGUUAGACUUGGAUGUCGAUAUGUUCUCUGUAAGGUGUGGUGUCUUUUUAAAGGGGGUAAUGGCCAGUAAAAGAGAGCUCUGUCCUGGACACAGCAGGCUUUUAGCGUGUUGACUCUAGACCCAUGUGACAACCACAGAGCCACAGAGAAGACACAGCCAGGCUUCCAUUGAGAGGUUUUACCUGAUCCCAGGGAACAGUUGCUGCAUUGUCCUGUCAAUGACAUCUCACUACAGGUUCACUUGAAACGACUGAGCUGAAUUGAAUAUUUUGUCAAACACUGACAGGACACUUGUAGAGGGAGGCAGUUUACUUGUCCAAACUUGUCUUAAUAUAAAUAUUAUGUGUCAAGGAAAGUUUGGUAGCUAUACUGACACUUUUAACUGAGAAGAGGGGGGACAAAGAACUGGUUCUGAAAACUGCCUCUUACUGUGUGUGCAGGUUCAUUACUAAACCAAAGUCUAGUGCUUGUUUUGCAGUGCUGCUUGAGUAUUACUGAUGGCUGGUUUACUAGUGGCAGUAGACCUGUCAGUUGGAACAGUAGGAGGAGGGGAAAUGGAGAAGGGGCUGCAUUUAGGGUACACAUUAAUGUUCUGUUUUAAAAGACUAGAGUGGGGUGAAUCACUCACCUUGUAAAGAGUCAUUUAAAUUAUUCUACUUUACUAGACCUAUACUGUCCAAAUACAGACUAUAUAAGAGCAGUGUUAAAAAUCCUUCAGUAAAAGAGAGGUAGCUUUUCUAAAUGUAUUACCAACACAAUAUGAUAUCAGUUAAUGCGCUGAUGCAACUUUGCUCUACAUUUUAACACUUAGCAUUGCAUGACAACAGUAGUGUGAGGGACACAAGCAGUUUACUCUUAACUCCCAAUCGUUGGUGGUGAGCUGAUUGUCUCCUUCACCACAGUGUGUACAACUCUGUGCGUCUUUUUAAAAUGCACAAAAUCUGAGUAUGCUAAACCUACGUUUAAAUGUACGGACCAUUUAAGAGCGUAUUUUACAGAGCGGAAGCAAUCAUGUAAAAAUAAUGUUAUUAUUAUUUAAUUUUUUUUUACGUGUGUGCCAGUUAAUACUUGAGGACAGAUUUGCAUAAUAUGUUCCUGCAAAAAAGCUGAAAUGCACAUGUAUGAAGCAGUAUUCUUAGUAGCUUUUCCCUUGUAGAAACAUAGGGCUAUAUACAGAAAUGUACAAUUGGUUCCGGUUUCCUUUUCUCCAGUAUGUCCCAUAAUUGAAAUUAUAUUCACAGCAGCAUUGUGUAUUGUUUACAUUGUUGCAAAGACGUCAAGGGUUAAAAACAAAUAUUUGCCACAAGUGAAACAAUAUCAUUGAAUAAAUGCUGUUGUAAAUAUUGAAUGUAAACUGACCAUUCAUUACAAACGGCUUUGCAAAAUAUCAUUGCACUAUACCAUAAAAACAGCCUUUGGCAUUUUGUUUUUCAGUAUGCCCUUUUUAGCUUGAAUGUCUGAAUACUGCAGCCAUGUUGCCCAUGUUGCCAGUUUCUCUGUCACCCUUUCCAGAUUCCUUCCUACUUACCUGCCUACCUACCUGCCUGCUACCUCUCUGCCUGCUUGCUUCUGCCACCUGCUUUGUCAUUUAUAUGCAUGUAGAUCCCAGGGGAAGAAUGCUGUCACUGGACAACUUCAGUCCUCUCACAAACACUCCACUAAAUGGUCUGCCGUGUGACUUGGACCAUGGGCUACUAUUUGACUUGGGUUUGGUGUUGGCUUACAUUUGCAACAAAGAUCUUAACCUAUUUGCUUGUAUUUGAAAGUUAUGCCAUAAUUACUGUGUUUUCAUUGCAAUUGUGUUCAGUUGAUAUGAUGAUGAUAUAAUGCCAAAUCAGUCAGAACGUGGUUGGCACCUCAUUGGCACACAUCCUUUGAGCUAGAUGGCAGAAAUGAACCACCAUGUGCAGGCAGGUUUGCCAGUGGGUGCCAAGCCCUUCCUGUUUGAUGCCUGUCUGAAACGCAUCAUGGUAACAGUCAGCAAUUACGAGGAGUACUAUUGUCAAAUCAGGAAUGUAGCUUUUUUUUGUGUGUUUUUAAAACAAACUCCUGAUAUCUUUUAACAGCCACCCCAGAACUUGACCAUGAUUCCUGCCUUCCCAGGUCUCCAAUGUGGCUGGCAUCCCUGAAUGGUACUGCACUUAAGUCCCUCCCACAAACUGCUCUUAAAUCCAUAUUCAGGACAUUAGUGUUAUGCACAAUUUUAGGGAAACAAUUGUUCAAUGUAAAGGUGUCCUGAAAUGAGUUCCACAAUUUUCACAACUUCAUCACUACCCCACACUUUUCUUUUAAGGGGCAAUCUUUAUUACAACACCUCUAUCGGCUACAUUUUUACAUUUGGCUAAUUACAGUAGGUCUUUAACAAGUCCCCAGAGCUCCUUUCAUAGAACUUUGUUGCCCCCCUGCUAAUUUGGUUAUUGUCUGCAGAAGACUGCAGCUUCUUGCUGAGGUUGCACAAUGUGCUUAUUAAGAAGAAUGCAGGCACCUAUUUUUUCAGUGGCUUCGGUGCUGUGCAAAGGCCUCCCUCAAAGCAUGACUAAGGUCUAGUGCUGUUUUAUGUUUGUACGAUUACUAUAAUGGCUAUCCUGCUGAUGAUCCUGAUGUAUAUAGAGAAUUAACACUACUAUACACACUUACCCCAUUUCAUUCUUUGGGAUCCACAAAACUAUUUUAUUCCUGAAUGAAAGCCUUAACAGGUUUGUGAUUGAUCCCUUGAUAACCCAGAGGAUGGUCCAUGGGUGUGACUGGCACCCAGGCCAGGCUCACAGUUGGCCACAUGAUCAGUGUUUGUGUUUGACUCCUGGCAGAGUGCAGUCAGGACAGCGUGGUGGUGAUGCUGUUGGACAACAACUCCACCCAGGAUGCCUUCACAGACCCCGCCAGCUCCCAGGCCAGUAGCCAUAUUAAGCUUUAG